GGCGUCGGUGAUUUUCCUUUUGUAGUGAUUACUUAAAUUCAUAUAUGUAUGUACAUAUUUUCAACCACAAGGCCUUAACAAAUCAAAUUUGAAUUGAAUUCUCAUUCCUCAGAUUUCAAACCACAGAGUUAUCGACAUUGGAAAAGGACUGACACCUUGAACACCAUGUGUUUUAAUGUACUGGGAGUGAGCAAUCUGCUACCCGAUUGCAGCAUUGCAAACCGGGUCCAUCUGUUCUCUUUGCUGCAGCAACUCCAGAACCAGGAGCGUCGUCCGGAGGAAGUGAGUGACGAGUUGCGGGAUCGCUACAACGUAUUUCGCCAGGUUUUGCCCAACUACCCGCCACCGGAACAGCCAGACGACGAUAUGCUAGCAAACUUUGAUGAGUUAUUCCAGGAGCAGCUUUCAAUAUCGAUCUUCACAGACACUGAAUCAUCCGGCGAGGAGACCUGCGAAUCCAGUCUGGAUAGUGACUCCGAGCAGAUCAGCAUCGGGAUGGAUCGUCAUCAUUAGACCACAUUCAAUUAAAAAGUGAAAUUAUGUCUUUCGUCUAAUGUCUGCCAAGUGGUCGAGUAAAUGAAAGUAAAACGUAGCCACUAAUUGUUCGACAAUAAAAAAGAGUAAAUUCAGC